AUACUCUUAAAUGUGCCCUCUGGCUUCUACACUUUUGCCCAUUUUCUUACCAAAACGAACGGUCUCGCGGGCCCAUAGUGUGGUGGGGGUAAAUGCCGACGCAGCGCGCUCGGCCGCCCAGCGACGCACUCACGAUCCCAAGCACUUCUUUUGUGACUUUCCGUUCGCGUUGACGCGUAUCUCCCGUGUGUGUGCCGGUGCUUCGAAGGCGGAAAACCCGCGUGCUCUGCCUUGCGCUCGCUUUAGUUUGUUUUGUGUGCUUUUCCCCUUUUGCGCGCGCGGUACCGUUUUGUGCUGCGAUUUUGUUUUGUUUCUCGCGUUUGCGGCCCCCGUCACAGGAUCGUUUGGUGAAUUUUUGGGUUCGAACGUUUUCGAACCUUCCGCACUGCUCCGUGUCCCCUAUCGUUGUCCUGCCCGCGAGGACACGAUCUGGUGCAGGACGAAGGGGGUGUGUUUCUUGUGAUUCGUUACGGUACGCUUUGCGUUGCAUGCAAAACAAGCGAUGGGCCGCUAAACUUUAGUGAUCUUUAGCGGUACGAUCAUCCGGGCGCGCUGUGGAUGGAAGAAUACAAUUCAAUCAAUACGUUCUGCUAACCAUCGAACGUGCAGUGAAAGUGCACAGUGAAAAGUGACCCCGAAGAAAGGCCCAGCAAAAAGGGUCGUUCGGCAGUGCCACCACAGUGGGUGGUGACACUUUUGCCCGCGCAAAGAUAAUACGCAGUGAUACCGAUAGUGUCGCGUGCGCGUGUGUGUGUGUGUGUUUAGAUAUUUUUAGCAAGCAGAGAGAGAUAGAGGGAAAAGAAAUACUAAAAGUGAGUGUUCAACACGUGCAAGUUGGUGAUACGAAGACAUCGAUGUGCCUUACACAGUGUGAUGUUCAAAGUGACGCACAGCGGCUUUUUUUGAAAAAUAAUAACGGCAAGUGUUCUUAAAACCUUCAAAAAAGCAAAAAAGUGAUGUUUUUGUGUGUGUGUGGUUCAUAACAACAUAAGAAAUAUACAACAAAGGUCUUUACACGUGCAAUUGCGCGCCAUUACCAGCGGAAUCUUCUCAAGAUCCGUUCCUCGCCUGCCGCAUCGGGUUUUUGUUUGGCGGACGUCUGUGAUCGCCGAGGCUUUCCACCGACUGUAUUGUUUCGUUCCACGACAAAACCGAACACCCCUAGACAGCAACAUCAGCAUCUGCCGCAGCAUAAUUGUGGAUGUUUGUGAUAAUUGUCGUAUAAUAAAAUUUCGCCUUCGACAAUCUCGAUCGAGCGCGCGCGCGUUUGUGUGUUUUGUGUGAUAUUGAAAAUCGAGAGUGAAAACCAAACAGCCAACAUCAAGUGGCAAAAGUAAUAAUAUACGAAAAAAACGAAGAAGGGAGAGAAAAACCCCAAGUGUGUUCGGGUGGUGAGUGUGGCGAUUGCGCCGCCGUUUACAUUGGCGCCAGACCGACGCCACCGCGGGUGGUUUUUGGGGGCCGAUGGUGGCUAAUGAAAAGGAAAAUAAUGAUAAUCAUCGAAUGAGCAAUAAUAAUAGCGCAGCGAUACAAGCGAUACGCCGAUAAGCGCGGGCCGUUUUCCAGUGGGUGCCCCCUUCAAGUUCAGUGCCGCUCAAGUGCAUCUUGCUUGAUAGUUUUUGUGUGUGUGCGUUCCUAAGUGUGUGUGAGUGUUUGGGGCUUAUUAGUGGAGGAAAAUAAGAGAUUUCCCUCUCAAAAGAAAAAAGCUACUCCCAAGUGUGCUUAACGAAUUUCCGUGAUCAGCCCGAGGGAAAAUGGUUUUGUGCUUAAAGUGCAGUUGAAGUUGGUCGCUUACGGUGCGAAACGAAAGUCACCACUUGAAGACGCAAACGGUUGUGCAAAAUAGAACAUCCGAAGGACGUGACUGUUUGGGGAACAUAUUGACAGGAUUACAAUCUCACACAUCUCUCCCGAAGGGGAAAAACGAACGAAGGAUUAGAAAACCGGCCAGCGGAUAGGAUUGGAUUACCAUGCGGAAGCAGAGACUUCAGUAUCAGCCAUCGAAUGGAUUCAAGAUUGUUGCAUUAGACAAACGAAUCACCUCUAUGAUCGCUUGUUAAUUUCCUUCACCUGGAAUACUCCCGCCCUGUUGAACGAGCCCAGAAAAUGAUACUGCAGUUCCGUUGCGAGCCACAUCUUGCCAACAACUUAUCAAGCAAACCAACCAACUGCUACUCCAGCUCGCCUCCUCGAACAGCAAAGGCGACGGUCGUUGGCAAACAUCGUACCAUCGGCAAAGCAACACGAAAUGUCUUCAAGCUAGCAAAGCGCAACAAGCAAUACAGUCUGCAGCAAACAGCGCGUAUGGUGAAACUUUUACGCACCAGCGAGAAAAGCCUCACACCAUUUACCUAACCUACCCCCUGCAACGAGAUCUGUGAUAAAUGAUAAUCGUUCUGAGCAAACGUACGUGUGAUAAACGUGUCGAAAGUAUAUUUUUGUAAAACGAAUUAGAAACGACCGUUACUGUAGUGGUGAAAUGUGGUGAAACUAGAAGUUUUAAAUUAAAAGCUUUAGGUGAUUUUAAGUUUGCGCGCUUGUGGUGAAUAUAAUCGAGUGGUGAAAGCGUGUUUGUGUUCUGAGCGCCACCUAGGCGGAAUCGUAUGGAAGCUCGCGAAGGUGACCAUACUGUGUCUUGGCUAAACAAGAUUGGUGAAUACAAGUGGUGAGUGUGUGUGUGUGGUGUAUAAGCAAUAGGCGUUUUGCUGAAACCGUUCGAAAGUGAGAGAGUGUGGUUUAGAUCAUUUAUUGUAAUUGUGGCCAAUGUACAGUGAUCGGAUCGUAUUCGGAUAUAAUUUGAUUGAAUAAUAUUGUACGCUGGCGUUAGCGAGCUUACGAGGUGGCUCUGCCAUCGUGGCGAUGCCAUUUAUCGACGAUGAGUUGCUGUGGUCCCCGGACAACGAUGGACGGAUGGUGGAUCUGCAAGCAUGUCUGCAAACGGAGAGCAACCAAGCCACGGCAAGCCAAACGGCCGAGCUGGCGAGCGAGUUAAACACGCUGGAGGAGCAGCUGGAAAAUGAUUCGGACGAGCUGUUGCGACAGCUGACCGAGAACACGUUCGAGUUGGAACAGUUCUUCCAGGACUUUCCUGCCACCGAGAUAAAAGUCGAGGAGAAUAACAAUGAUCUUCAGCUAGACGAGGAAACGAACGGACAGAUCUUCCUGCAGAAUUGUAGCCAGUUCCUAACGUCGGCAGCGGCGGCCGCCCAGCUGAGCGCCCUCUCCGUCACCGAGCCAAACGAUCUGGACGGUGGGCUGCAGCGGCUUUGCUCCGGUGGAAACGAUCAGCUCGUUGGCAGUGGUGGACUCACCACGCAACAGCUGCAGGAGCAGAUACUGCUCGCCCAAGCGCAAGGGUUGCUGCAGCAGAAUCGCUUCAACAACUCGCUGCUCGCCGAAAAGCUCCUGCAGAACCACCAUCACCAUCAGCAGCAGCAGCAACAACAGCUACACCUCCAUCAUACCCACACAAACAGUCAAAAUGGUGUUACCAGUCUGGAUGCACUCGGCGUGCCGUCCAGCAGCAGUAGCGGCGGCAGCAACAUUGGCAACAAUCAUCACAGCAGCAGCAAUGGGAGCAGUAGCAGUAACGGUGGACGAGCAAACAAACCGCCCGACAUCGUCAUAAAAGAUGAAAUCAAAUAUCAAGUGGACACCGAGAUACCGAUCCUGCCGCAGUCGCCGAGCCCGCCGCCACAGCAACGGUCCUCCCUGGCCGGUGGCCAGUCGCAGCAAACGGCCAGCCUGCUGGCCAGCACGUUACAGCCGUCCCAGCAGCACAGGCCCCUGCUCCAUGGGCUCCUCAGCGGUACGCACCUCCCGCAAGGGCCGUACCACCGCGGCUACAGCACGUCCAGCACAGGUUCGCUACCUCCGAGUCCCGCCGACAGUGGAGUGUCCGAUGUGGACAGCUCCAGCAGCGGAGGCCAGCCGGCCUGCAGUGACGAGCUGAAGGCUCGCCUUGGCAUUCCGACCAGCAGUACCGGACCGGUUAGCAAUCAGCCCGGCCAACCUUCGCAUCCCCAUCAGCAGCAGCAGCAACACCAGCAACAGCAGGCCUCCCAGCAACAGCAGCAGCAGCAUCACCAGCAACAUCACCAGCAACAACCACCGCCCCAGCAUCAGCACCCGCAGCAGAGUCAAUCGCUCUCGGUGCAUCCGAAUGGCGGGACCGUCGGUUCACCGAACGGUAGCAGCGCCACUUCCCUCUCCUCCUCGUCCGCUCUCUCGCAGGUGGCCGCGGCGGCCGUUGCUGCAGCCGCCACCCAGCAGCACCUUCAGCAGCAGGCCGCCCACCUGCAGUCGGGGCCGUUCCUGAGGCCCAACUUUUACCAUCACAGCUCGCCACCGCUGCGCAACAUCUGGAACCAGCGGAGUGUACCACUGUCGGACAACUAUCACUACCUGCAUUCGAUGAACUCGCCGAACGGCUACCCAUCGGCAGCGGCCGCAGCGGCUGCAGCAGCGGCCAAUCACUUCGCUUCCGGUGGCGCCACCAACGGAACGGCCAGCAACGGCCCGACCGGUGCUGCUGGUGCGUUGGGACGUAGCGCUGGAACCGGCGCGAAUGGACCGCUCGCAAGCAAUGGUACGAUGGGACAGCACGGCCACCUUGCUGCGCCACACCAUGCCGGCAAUCCCAACGGCCACCAUCACGGUGCCCAUCUGGGCCAGCAGCACGGCCUGGGACAUCACGGGCACGCCGGCUCGGGGCAUGUUGUUGGUGGCGGGGCAAACUCGGCCGCCGCCGCUGCCGCCGCACUGAUGGCGAACGGGAUCGGGCUCGGCCAUCACGGGCAGCACGGACCGCACAGCGUGUCGUCCAGCUGUCCCGACGAUCUGUCCUACAUGCUCGAGCUGGGCUUUCAGCCGCGCAAGCUGAAGAAACCGAAGAAGCCGAAGCUGGAGAUGGGCGUGAAGCGGAAGUCGCGCGAAGGUUCCACCACCUACCUGUGGGAGUUUCUGCUGAAGCUGCUGCAGGACCGCGAGUACUGCCCGCGCUUCAUCAAGUGGACCAACCGGGACAAGGGCGUGUUCAAGCUGGUCGACUCGAAGGCCGUCUCGAAGCUGUGGGGCAUGCACAAGAACAAGCCGGACAUGAACUACGAGACGAUGGGCCGGGCACUGCGCUACUACUACCAGCGCGGCAUCCUGGCGAAGGUGGACGGGCAGCCUGGUGUACCAGUUUGUGGACGUGCCGAAGGACAUCGUCGAGAUCGACUGUACCGGGGCCUGAAGUCCGCGCCGGGGCCGCACCCGUUGUAGCUCGACGAUGCGGCCCACGGAACGUACACCGUCCGACCGACAGGAUCAGCAACAACCACCAAUCCAACGCUAGUCCGCUUGCUUCCAGAAAACAGAGCGAGAGAGAGAGAGAGAGAGAGAGUGAGUGAGAGCUGCCUACUUCUGCUCCUGCUGUGUGACUUUUCCGUGCGUGCGUGGAAAAUAGCCGGAACAAUCGCUUGGUGCUGGUUGCUCGCCGGCCACUUCACUGACGUCUGCGAGUCUCCGUACGGCUGUACCCCCGCUCUCCCAACUGGAGUCUACCCCUUACCCCCAAACCUCCCCUCAAAGCCCUUUGUACAAUUGGAUCGUUUUACCACUUUGAUAUUUAUUCGUCCUUUCUUUAAGUUUUUUUUUUGUAAUUAUGAUUCGUUUGUUAUCACUCUAGUGUUAAUGUUGCCCCCCACCUCACCCACUUUCCCCACGCGUGUAGGGGAAAAUGGAUAGGUUCUAUGUUAAACUUUUUGAACAAGAGAGGCGCGCUCAAAGGUGUACGUUCUUAUACAUUUUUUUUAGAAUACAUCCAACCGACGAAUGUUUUAAAUCAAAUUAAAACACUCAUAAAGACAAUAACACACACAUACACACAAAGUAAGAGAAGCUUCUGGAAAGCUCCACAGAAAGCUCAGAAUUGCAACAAUAACAACAACAAAACAUAUAAAUUAGUACAAUUUACAAAACAAACAGGAAUGAGCCGGAAAUUGUGUUGCUAACCAUCAUAAAUCCAUCCAUAAGACAGCAACCAUCAAACGCAAUACAGAAAGAUUGAAGAAAUAAGAGAGUACAAAAAGAGAAGAAGAACAAGAAGAAAACACAAACACACACAUAAAGCAUAAGUUGUUACUGGCAAUAGUGAAUAGUGUUUAUGGAAUAGAGUUUAUUCUCGUCCACGUUCCCCCGUUGAAAUAGUUAAGCAAACAGCAAAAACAAACAGUCGGAAAUUGGAUAAAGAACACUGUCCAAAACCGCUAAAAUGUACACAGAAUUGUCACACACACACAACAAUACGUUUGGAAAUGAUUUUAGUUUUUGAGCUUAACUUUUAUCGCUUUUUUAUGUUUUGUUUUUUUGGUUUGUUUUACGUUUUUUUUAUUAAAUCUCAUCAAAUAACCUGCGUGAGAGAUAUUGUUUGGUUCGUGUGCGUGUUUUGCUAGGUUCGGAAAGUUUCUCAUUUGUAAUUACGAUUUUGUAAGAUAGUUGUUCUAUAAGUCGGGUUAGUGUUUUGUUUUAAGACAUACAAGCAGCAAGAAAGCGAGUAGACAAGGAGCAAAGGAUCCUACCAUCGUUUCGCUACUAGUGUUUAAAGCUACUGUCGUGUUGGUGUACAUUUUAUGUUUUACAAAUCAUACCAUUUAAGUUUGUGCUAGUAAUGCUGCCCUGUUCAGCACUGUAAAAAUGUAAAGAGGGAGGUUUCGGAAGACUCCGGAGUGAGUUUUGUAUUUUAGUACGGCUAGGGUUUAGGUUUACACGCUCUCCCAAGCAAGCUCCGUUCACACAGCAACACCUAAUUUUGUUACUUUAAUUUCGAUCUACUACUACAGCGACUACUACUACCGCAUACUACUACUACUACUUUUAGAGUUUAGCUCAACGUUUUACCUUUACUGCAGAGUAAGAGAAGCAAUCUGGAAACGGAGGAGUUUACUUAGGGCGACGCUCGGUCUCUGCAAUCAUUCUGCUAUAGCUUUCCACUGCCUUUUCCGUGUGAAUUGGACUUGCUGCCACUGCAACCGGAAGUGUCCUCUAUUUUUUUAAUACAAAACUCCAUGAUGAAGCAUGAAUGACGAUACUCCCGGUAGAACAAGCUCCUACUCACUACGAGACCAGCGUGAAGGGUACUACUAGAAAAUCGCGAGGAAAAAGAAAAGAGAGAACACAGAUACGAAGAUACGAACAGAAAAGGGGACCGUAGCGGAGAGUGGCGCUUGCUUGCCCGAUUGGUUUCCCUUUUUGAGUUUGAAGUUUAUUAUUUUCAAUUCGGUUGUUUACUUUAUUAAUGAGUCUUAUGUUUUGUUUUAUUCUCACUUUUACUUUCUUUUCGUUUUUGCUUUUUUUGUGUUGUGUUUAGAAUCUUGAUCUCAUUAAUUUAUUCGUCUGCUUUCUUUGCCUCCGGGAAGAGUAUUUGUCACAUUAGCGCGUGUGUGCGUGCGUUUUUUUUAACUGUGUGUGAGUGUACAUUUCAAAAGCGAUGAUGAAACAAACAAUCAAAAAUAUAGGCUUCUACUUAUGUGCAUAGGAAAAGUUGCGUUUUGUUGUGCGUACAAAACAAGGCACCACCGUUUUAUUGCCUUUUCUUUUAAAGUGAGCUAAAGCUAGAGAGCAAUCCACUUUUUUUUGUUUUAAUUUCCAUAAAGUAUCACACCAUAUCAGCAACAACCACUUGGGAGCCUUUUGGGUUUCUCAAUGUAAAAGCAAGUUUUUGCAACCUUUUUUUGGUUGCGAAUCGCAACAGACAGCAAUGUUGCAAAAGGAAAUCUGAACACAAUUUACACCGAUCAAUUACCCUCCCCCCUGUGUACCGUUGUUUAUAAGCGAACCCAGAAAUGUUAAAAUAGCUUCAAUAGCGUAUAGUAAAAUGUUAAAACCAUAAAAUAUAGAAAACAAACAAACACUAACAAACCACAGCCAACAAACGACAGUACGAAAAGAUAGGCAAACAAAACAGAAAAAAACAAACACACAAAAAUAUCAAACAACGUCAGAGAGGCGAUGGCGGCACUCGUACGAAAGCGACAUUGAUUCGACUGUGCUUAUAUGUGUGUGUAUGUAUAAGAGUGGAUGCUAUUUUAAAAAAAAUACUGUUGCAAACCUGUUUUAUAAUUGAGAAUUAUUAAGAAACAUUAGUUUAAGCGCUCCCUGAUCGGAGUGCACCGGAUUGUUUAUAAAUAGUUUGUAUAAAAAAAGUUAAGAGCGUGUGAGAAUAGUGUGUAAUGGUUGCAAGAUUACAAAGCAAGGAUAAAACGGAAAAGCAAAACAAAAACACAACCGGCUAAGGAAGAUAGUGAAUACGUAAGAACACACAAAACAGAGAGCUAGUGAAUGGUUAAGCAAAGUGCAAGAAGGAGAAGGGAAAACAAACAACUGUGCAUAUUUUGUUGUAAAUGGCGCGGCCAACCGUGGUGUAAAAUUAUAUAAUUACUUUUUAAGAUUACGCGCGUUUCUGCCGAGAUGUGACGAAUAAAACGCUAUAUAAAUUAUAA